AUGUCAGCAUCGAUGGAUCGCCUUGACGAGGGCGAGAACUAUAAGGAGUUGAUGGAUUCUUUCCAGCAUUUGUAUACGAAACGCGCGCCGACUUAUGAUGAAAGCCAGUUUCACAAGGACCUCGCAUUCGACUUUGCCAAUGGUUUCCUUACAAACCCAGACGGGACUUCCUUUCUCCAUGCAUCCUCUCGCGUUCUCGACCUCUGCUGCGGCACAGGUCUUGUUACAUAUCAAUUUGUUGCUAAGAUGAUGUCCGACGGCAGUAUUACUGCCUCCGACGAACCUGGUCUAGUGGUUGGUGUUGACAUCACUCCAGCUCUCAUUGACCAGGCGCGCAGUAAGAUUACAACUCUUACGGAAUACGAACAGCAGGGAAAGCAGCCACCGACUAUGGAAUUUUAUAAUGGGGAUGUCACCAAACUGGGUGAACAGGUACCACAGUUGGAAAAGGGUUCUUUCGACCUUCUUUGCAUCUGUUCGGCCCUUGUUCUACUCAAUUUCGAAUCUAUUCCACAAGCGAUAGCCGAUUGGAACUCCUAUUUAAAACCAGGCGGUAAACUGCUGUUGGACAUUCCAGGUCCUGGCAGUCAGCCAUUUUCUAAUGGUAAAGUCAUGGCUUCGAUUUUUGGUAAACGAGAUAUGAGCGACGCCGUCACUCGCUACUGGACCGAGGGCGCUCCUGGUGGUGAAAAAUGGAGCGAAUUAUCCAAUGACUGGAUGAACAAAGGGAAUUCAGAAGUAAUCAUUAGGGGUGCAGUCGAGGUUGCGAAUGAAUUACUCCAUCACCAAAGCGGGAUCGAUCCGAACGCAUCCGCGCCGGCGCUGGCUAUUGACAAGCUAUUCGUUACUGAUAAGGUGUACGACAGGCGUUCCAGAAAGGCUACACCAGAGACGGUUGACCUUAUAUGGAAUUUUCUUAAGGAUGGUCCUUCGCAUUUCCACACUGAAAGUGUGAAUCGUCAACUGUCGGAUCCGGCCGAGUGCGACAAAAUGAAGAGCCGCCUUCAGCAAGCUAUGCUUGAUCUUGGCAGAGAGCAGGGGAGGGAGUCCGAGGGAGCAAUUGACGAGUUUCGAUUUAUCAUUUGCAUAAUUGAUCGAGUUAUUUAGUUUGAUUUUGUUUAUUUUGUAUAGUCUGUAUAGUGCCUAGUU